AUGGCUUCCAACAAGCAGCUCUCUGCAACCAUUCUCAUCUUUUCAAUCCUUUUCUACUCAUCAACAUUCUCUCUUGCUUGCAACACCUGCAAGCCUCAAGCACCAGCACCAGCACCCCAACCUGAAACUUGCCCAAAAGACACAUUGAAGUUGGGGGUUUGUAUAGAUCUUCUAGGACUUGUUAACCUUCCAGUUGGGACCCCUCCUACAAGCAAGUGCUGUGCAUUGCUUGAAGGCUUGGCUGAUUUGGAAGUUGCCGUUUGUCUCUGCACUGUCAUCAAGGCCAAUGUGCUCGGGCUUGUCAACUUGGAAGUGCCAGUUGCAUUGAGUUUGCUUGUUAGUGCUUGCGAAAAAUCAGUGCCCCCUGGCUUCAAAUGUGAAUGA